AUGAGGCACCCAGGUGGCAGCACUAUGAAGUUCCCUGUGACUCUACAUCAGACCUACAGCCUGUUCCUGGCCCUACUUUGCGUGCUGGGCCUCGGAGCGAUUCUCUUCUGUUAUGGUGAAGACCUGAAACUCCUGUCCCAGCAGGGGCACAUUUCCAAGCUCCUGCAGGGUGCCGCCAGCGCACAACCCUCUCAGGAGCUCGGGCCUGCACCUCCUUCAACCAGCUCGUCGCAUCCUCGCCAGGAUCCCAGCCUCUGGAGCAACCUAACUGUGGAACAAGGGCUUCCUGCUUGUCCCCAGAAGUCCCCGCUGCUCACUGGUUUCAAGUGGAUUACCUUUAACAUCCAUGUGGACCUGGAGCUUUUGACGAGGCAGAACCCAGAGCUAAAGAUGGGCGGCCGAUACACCCCCAGGGACUGCGUCUCUGCCCACAAGGUGGCCGUCGUCAUCCCGUUUCGCAACAGGGAGGAGCAUCUCAAAUACUGGUUGUAUUAUUUACAUCCAGUCUUGCAGCGCCAGCAGCUCGACUACGGUGUCUACGUCGUCCACCAGGCCGGAGCCACCAUCUUCAAUCGGGCUAAGCUCCUCAACGUUGGCUUUCGGGAGGCCUUAAAAGAUUACGACUACCACUGCUUUGUGUUUAGCGAUGUGGACAUCGUUCCCAUGGAUGACCGUAACGAUUACAGGUGCUUCCCCCAGCCGCGGCACAUUUCGGUGGCGUUGGACAAGUUUGGGUUCAGUCUGCCUUACCAUGGGUAUUUUGGAGGCGUCUCUGCUCUCAGCAAACAACAAUUUCUCUCCAUCAACGGAUUCUCUAAUAACUAUUGGGGCUGGGGAGGAGAAGACGAUGACAUUUUCAAUAGAAUAGUUUAUAGCGGCAUGUCUGUUUCUCGCCCAAGUACGGUCAUCGGGAGGUGCCGCAUGAUGCGACACAAAAUCGACCUCAGGAACGAGCCCAGUCCACAGAGGUUUGAAAGGAUUCUGCAUACAAACCAGACGAUACAUUUUGAUGGUUUGAACUCACUAUCUUACCGGGUGUUGGAUAAACAAAGGUACCCACUGUAUUCCAAAAUCACAGUGGACAUCGGAGUUCCUCGCAAGCGAAACUGA